AUGCCGCAAUCGAGCCCAUUUUCUACAAAAAGAACUCACAAGGGCUCAUCUAAAACUACACAACGCCCCUCCACACCCGAAUUAAAAAAGAUGAGACACCUCGAUAUGUCUCCCAAGGCCAUCGUACAGUCGAAGAAGAUGGCCAACUCCCGUACUGGCGGAAGUGGCUCAUUUGAGCGAAAAAGGCGAGCAUCAUCCUCAUCAGUCUCCAGUGUCUCAUCCGUUUCCUCCCUUGAGGAAUUGAGUGAGGAUGCCGAUGAAUCCGAAGAUGAUGCAGACGACGAAGAGGACCGGCCGCUGGCCCAGGCUCGGUCUUUUGGCAGGCGGUGGAACAACUCCCGCAAAGUAGUCCGACCAACCGUCGGCGCCAAGGGCAGCAAGAGAAGACGGGUUUCGGACGAUGAAGAAUCAGACAACAUCUUGAGCAGCGAUGGCGAUUCCGAAGAUAGCUCAGAUGAUGCCUACGCCGCGGUGGACUACAUAACAGAUGACGAUGAGGAGCAAGAUGUGGAAAAAUUGGAAGAGAUGAUGAUCAUGCAGUCUGAGAGAGAACAUCGCGUCUUGCCCACGUCAGAAGCCUCUCAUGACCAGUGGCAUGGUACUGAGAUCUUUGGCGAUUCCAUGUUUCUGCCUGCUGCCUCAUUUUUCGACGAGGAGCAGAUAUACAGUGCUAUGGACACUUUUGCUGAACCUGAAAUUAUUAGCGAGCCGGUGGAAACUUCCGUGGCUCGUCGAGUCCACUUUGAGGAGCGAUCCGACUCUUCUUCUGACAGCGACUCUCACACCGAGGAUGAAAUCCCCAGUGAUUUCCUCCAGCAAGACUCCUUGGACCCUCAGCUGCGUCGCAUGAUUGAGAGCGACAAUGAAAAUCACCGCAGCCAUCGCCGCCAGUCUGAAGAGAUGUUUGGCGACGCUGAUUACGGCCAUGGCAAUAUUUACCAUGUCGAGUCCGAGGGUACAUCCGAGGGUAGCUUGAGUGGUUAUGAGAGCGAUCAUGGCGACACAACAGAUGAGGAUCUCCCCCCUCCAGCCACUAUCACUCACCCUCGUUCCCUGCUUCGCCGAGACUCGACCGACUCGUUGGUCGCUGCCGGCGAUGACAAGAGCGAUACCGUCCCUCGUCGCCGUGGUCCUAUCAUGGGCACAUUUGUGGCGGACCCUCAUAAGCCUGUAGCAUUGGUCGAUUGCACCGGAAAGCAUCUUGUCAUCAUUCCUGCCUAUGCCUCCUCUCGUCACGACUGGCUGGAAUCCGCGGCAAAUAGCAUGCCCGGCACCGCCAACAACAGCCCUCGUCAAACCACUUUGCAGCUGGUCGACGAGAGUGAUACCGAUGCUCUUGCAUCCCCCAACCAGAUGGACUUUAGCCCUAUGCUGGCUUCCAGUGCCAACCUCAUGAUGACGGCGCUCGGAAACGAUCUUGCUCCUGGUGGUCAGGUCAUGGGCCCCCCGGAAGCAUUCUACCCCUCUCGCGACUUUGCCAUUGAUAGCUCCUUUGAAGAGGAUGAUGAAGACGAUCCCGAGUCGGCUCUCAAUGUUGACGACUUUAUUGAUUUUGGAGAUGGAUCUUCCGAUGAAGAAGAUAUGGGCAACCUUGACGAUGACACCCUCAUGUCUCCCAUGACUGGUGGAUCUUCCAUUGCCAACAUGGGUACUCCAACACCCAAGCGCAACUCGGAGUCCCAACCGGAUACCAACUCCGAACGCUUCCUCGAACAUCUUGACAAGGGCAUCGUCACUGCUUUCCGUCGCAACCAUAACCGCUACCAAGCCCUUCUCCGCCUCCCCCAACACCGCGAAUUCAUGCCCGCUAACUCCCCCGCGCGACCCGCCAGUGUUUUCCGUCAUGCCAAGCAUACCGACCAGCGCACCCCAACCCGGAAGCGCAAAGCAAGUGGAUACACUGGCGGCGAGGCUGUGCGUCGCAAGCUUAUGGACGCGCAACGUCGCACCCAGGUGCCUCUUUAA